GGCCGUGACGCCAAAGCCCAGACGGAAGUGCGGGCGGAGGAGCCGGAGCCGGAGCCCGAGACUGAGCCCCAGCCGGGAGCAGGUCUCGGGGGGGGGCGGGCUCCGGGCUGUGGGAACUGCUGGGCCUGGCAGCGAUGGCGACUCUGUGGGGAGGCUUUCUACGGCUUGGCUCCUUGCUCAGCCUUUCCUGCCUGGCGCUCUCAGUGCUGCUGCUGGUGCAGCUGUCAGACGCCGCCAAGAACUUCGAGGAUGUCCGAUGUAAAUGUAUCUGUCCUCCCUAUAAAGAUAAUUCUGGGCAUAUUUAUAAUAAGAACAUAUCCCAAAAAGAUUGCGAUUGCCUUCAUGUUGUGGAUCCCAUGCCUGUGCGCGGGCCUGAUGUAGAAGCAUACUGUCUACGCUGUGAAUGCAAGUACGAGGAAAGAAGCUCUGUUACGAUCAAGGUUACCAUUAUAAUUUAUCUCUCCAUUUUGGGCCUUCUACUUCUGUACAUGGUAUAUCUUACCCUUGUUGAGCCCAUACUGAAGAGACGCCUGUUUGGACACUCACAAUUGAUACAGAGCGAUGAUGAUGUUGGGGAUCACCAACCUUUUGCAAAUGCCCACGAUGUGCUAGCCCGCUCCCGCAGUCGAGCCAAUGUGCUGAAUAAGGUAGAGUAUGCCCAGCAGCGCUGGAAGCUUCAAGUUCAAGAGCAGCGAAAAUCCGUCUUUGACCGUCAUGUUGUCCUCAGCUAAUUGGAAAUCAUACUGCAGGUGAUUAGAAAGAAAUAAGGCAGACAACUGAAAAAAAAAAUUGACUGAGUAUUCCUGGGUUUUGUUUUAAUACCCUGUUGAUUUCACCAACUCUUGCUGGGAAAUUCAGCAUUGGAAACAAAAAUGUGCUUGGUAUUUUCUUUUCUUGUUAAGGUAUUAAUACAGACAUUUUUAAAAGCACACACCUCAAAGUCAACCAAUAAACCUUUUUCCUAUUUGUGACUUUUACUAAUAAAAAAUAAGUCUGCCUGUAAAUUAUCUUGAAGUCCUUUACCUGGAACAAACACUGUCUUUUUCACCACACAGUUUUAACUUGGUUUUCAAGAUAAUUUUCAGGUGUUGUUUUGUUUUGUUCUGUUUUGUUUUUCUGGCAGGGGCGGGGAGGGAUGUGUGGGAAGUGGUUAGCUUAACUUUUCUCAAGUCACUUUACUAAACACACUUUUGUAAAUAGACUUAACAUUCUAUUUUCAAGUUUCAUUUAUAUUUUGCAGUGUAGCCAGCCUCAUCAAAGCCCUGAAUUACCCAUUUGAAUUUUGCACUGACUAUAUUAUCUAGGUACCUGGUUCGCCUGUGGCUGCACUUCAUGGUAAAGUGGAUCUGAAAUACCUGGUGGCUCUUCAUAAAAUGCAGAUUUUCCUCAUGUACUGUGAUGUCCGAUGCAAUGCAUCCUAGGACAAACUAGCAAUUUGCUAGUUUACUCUAAUGACUAAACAUAGUCUGGUGUGUGUGGUCUUUCUCAUCUUCUUCUAGUAUCUUUAAGGAUGAAUCCUAAGAACUUGGACACUUGCAAUAAAGGAAUUUUCUUUUACCCCAAGCCUCUCUGGAUUGGUGACAUACACACCUUUGUCAACAUUUCCGGUCAGGUGGAGAGGCAGCUGUUUGAGCUCUAGUGUGUUCUGGGGUUCUGGGGGCCUCCUUCUGAAAUGUGUAACAGUUAUUGGAUAACUGGCUUUUUUCUUUGGACGUCCUCUUUGGAAUGUAACAAUAAAAAUAAUUUUUGAAACACUUA